AUGAGAUGGAGUAGAUAUUUCCUCAGCAAACGUUACAUCAGCGUCGCCCAAUAUUUGGUUUUUCUCGCGGUGCUAUAUUUCAUCUACUGUGUGCUCUCAAAUAGGGGAAAUGAUACGCUCCGAGAAGAGAACCCCAUACUGGCCCAGCAACCAGCAUUACAGCCAAAUCUUCACGAUUUGCGAGCCCGAGAAGAAGCUAUCGAAAAAUACGAGAAGAAUCAGGAAGUCGCAAAGGUGAAUCGCGGAGAAAACGAUGACUGGGAACAAUACAAAGGACAUUCUAAGAAGGAUUGGCUUGAUCGAGUCGUCUACGAAUCUGAUUUGAAACGCGUUGGCCCCGGUGAGCAGGGCAAACCUGUAUCCGUGCCUAAGGAUGAAGCUUCUCAAGCCGAAGCGCUGGCACUCUACAAAGCAAAUGGGUAUAACGCUUAUGUGUCCGAUAUGAUUUCACUGGAUCGAGCUAUCAAGGAUAUUCGGCAUCCAAAUUGCAUGAAGAUGGAAUACAGCUCCAAACUUCCAACUGUCUCCGUUAUUUUCCCAUUCCACGAAGAGCAUAAUUCGACGUUGAUUCGAAGUGUGUGGACCAUUUUGAAUCGAUCUCCCCCAGGGCUCAUCAAAGAAGUCAUUUUGGUUGAUGAUUGUAGCGAGAAACCUUUUCUGUUAAAACCAUUAGAGGACUUUUGGCAACGCAAUAAACUUGACCAUGUCGUGAAAGUUCUACGUAAUAAAAAACGAGAGGGUUUAAUUCGAGCUCGUCAAUUUGGAGCAGAAAUAGCGACUGGUGAAGUUCUGAUCUUUCUUGACGCCCAUUCUGAAGCAAACUAUAACUGGCUUCCCCCGCUUUUGGAUCCAAUCAUUGAGGACUACAGAACCGUGGUAUGCCCAUUUGUUGACGUGAUCGAUUGCGAAACAUACGAAGUUCGGCCACAAGAUGAAGGAGCUCGAGGUUCUUUUGAUUGGGUUUUUAACUACAAACGGCUCCCUAUUACGCAAAUGGACAGAAAAAAUCCGACAAAACCAUUUAACAGUCCGGUCAUGGCUGGAGGAUACUUUGCGAUUUCACGAAAGUGGUUCUGGGAGCUCGGUGGCUAUGACAUGGGUUUAGAUAUUUGGGGAGGAGAGCAAUACGAGUUAAGCUUUAAGGUUUGGCAAUGUCAUGGGCGAAUGGUUGAUGCUCCAUGUUCACGAGUGGCGCAUAUUUACAGAUGCAAAUACCAACCUUUCAAGAGUGCUGUCGGCAAGGGGGAUUUCAUUUCGCGAAAUUACAAGCGUGUCGCCGAGGUUUGGAUGGAUGAGUACAAAGAAAUCCUAUACAAAAAUCGGCCAGGCGUGCGUGAAGUAGCUACAGGGGAUCUCACCGAGCAAAAAGCUGUUCGCGAGCGCUUGCAAUGCAAAUCAUUCGAUUGGUUCAUGAAGGAAAUAGCUUUUGAUCAGGACCGAUAUUACCCAUCAGUAGAUCCUCCUCCAUCAACACAUGGAGAGCUUCGUCAUGCUGCUUCCGGUUUAUGCGUUGAUGCUCAAUUUAAGGGACAGAAUCAACGAAUCCCACUACGGAAAUGUAUUAGCGAAGAUCCUAACGGAGGCGGUGAACAGGAUUUGCGAUUGACACGAUGGCAUGAUAUUCGACCUAAAGGACGGCGAAUUUGUUUUGAUGCCUCACAAUCUGGAGACAAGGCACCAGUAGUGCUUUUUGAUUGUCACUCGAUGAAAGGAAACCAGUUGUUCAAGCUUCGUGUUGAAAAGAAACAAAUAUUUCAUCCGGUUUCUGCGCAAUGUUUGGCUGCAGAUUCGACUGGCGAGGGAAAUCUUUACACAUUGCGCUGUGAUGAAAGUGACUCUAAGCAACAGUGGACUUGGCAGGUAAUUGAUGACAAACUCCUGCGCGAGCGUCAAGAGGAAGAAGUAAAAGAGGGAGAUCUA